AUGGGUAGAAGGAAGCAAGCCCGUCCCCACCGCUCUGGUGGGUUAAUUAUCCAAAACAAUGCUGCUGCUGCUGCUGAAGCUGAAUUGAAUCAGAGGAAAGCAUCCGAUGUGGGGAAGGAUGAGUUAGUUGGCGUUGAGGAACCUUAUUAUGUGGAAGUUGAACGGAAUAGCUGGGGUUCGCAUGAGCACCGUGAUAUAUCUGAACUUGUUUUAAAAGAUUUGAAUUUAAGAGAAGAGUAUUCUGGCUUUAGAAUGACUGAAGAUCUUUAUCUGGAGUCUAAGUAUUCAUUAAGGUUGCGGGUGUGCAAUGUCAAGGAGUCUGUUCUUCUUCGUAUUAAGUUAGGACAUUGGCCUGUGUUUUCUUCUAGUGAUAUAUCUAUGGAAUUAAUUGAGAAAUCCAUGGUGGAAGAUAGGGAAGUGCAAUCCGUAAUUUUAUCAGGGAGUUUUGAUGGACCAGAUGAGGGUCUUACAGGUCUUAUUCACUUGACAAGCAUGGAGUUUUUGUCAUUGAGGCCAGUUCUGGGGAUUGAAUUCUCAGAGAAGAUGACGUCCCUGAGAAUGAGGGUGGAAAUACUUAAGAAAGCUUUUGAUGCUUGUGAAUCUCUUCUCGAAAAUACAAGACAAAUAUGGAAGAAGAGCAUGAUGAAUGUUAUGGCUUGGUUGCGCCCAGAAGUGAUGACUUCAGAGGCUAGGUAUGGAGAUGCUAAGCCAACAGAAAUGGAUACUUCCAACUCUAGGAAACAUGUGCGGUUUGAUGUUGCUGGGUUUUAUGAAGCCAUUAAGCCAUCAAAAUUGAAUCCUAUGCUUGAAGAUGACCUCCCUGACUUGUUCCCCACUUUGAGACCAUAUCAGCGUCGUGCUGCUCACUGGAUGGUACAACAAGAGAAAGGAGAUUCAGAAAGUUUGGGUGAAAGGGAAAGAAGCCAGUUCUGUUCUCCUUUAUGCAUGCCCAUGGAUUUUCUCGACAAUUGUUCAAAAAUGUUCUAUAAUCCAUUCAGUGGCAAUGUUUCGUUCCAUCCUGAAUUUUCUUCAACUCAUGUCUUUGGUGGAAUUCUUGCAGAUGAGAUGGGUUUGGGGAAAACAGUUGAAUUGCUUGCUUGCAUCCUUGCUCAUCGGAAGUCUACAUAUGAUGAUGGUUCCUUUAUUACUCAUUCUUGGCAACAUACUGAGGAUCAGAAGGUUAAUCUUAAAAGAUUGAAAAGGGAGCGAGUUGAGUGUGUAUGUGGAGCUGUCAGUGAUAGUUAUAAAUAUAGAGGACUAUGGGUACAGUGUGACAUCUGUGAUGCAUGGCAACAUGCAGAGUGUGUUGGUUAUUCACCUAGAGGGAAAAAGAAGAGGUCAAUGGAUGAGGUAAAAAGGCAGAGUAACAAGACUACAAUAAGCUAUGUUGAGAGGGAUGGGAAACAUGUUUGCCAGAUGUGCUCUGAACUCAUAGAAGUGGCUGACUCUCCCAUUGAAACCGGUGCCACUCUUAUAGUGUGUCCGGCUCCUAUAUUGCCUCAAUGGCAUUCUGAAAUUACACGUCAUACGCAUCCAGGUUCCUUAAAAACUUAUGUUUAUGAAGGUGUACGCGAUACAUCUCUUUCAAAUACAUCUGUAGUGGAUAUUGGUCAACUUGUCAAUGCUGACAUUGUAUUGACAACGUAUGAUGUGCUUAAAGAGGACCUCUCGCAUGACUCUGAUAGGCAUGAAGGCGAUCGGCACAUCCUAAGAUUCCAGAAGAGGUACCCUGUUACCCCAACUAUUCUAACCAGAAUAUUUUGGUGGAGGGUUUGCUUGGAUGAGGCUCAAAUGGUGGAGAGUAAUGCUGCUGCUGCCGCUGAAAUGGCUCUUCGAUUGUCAACUAAACAUCGUUGGUGUAUUACAGGGACUCCUAUACAGCGUAAACUUGAUGACUUAUAUGGACUUCUAAGAUUCCUGAAAGCAAAACCCUUUAAUGUUUCUAGGUGGUGGAUUGACGUUAUAAGGAAUCCUUAUGAGAGGAGAGAUCCAGAUGCUAUGGAAUUUACACAUAAAUUCUUCAAACAAAUCAUGUGGCGCUCCUCUAAAAUACAUGUUGCUGAUGAGUUGCAACUAGCGCCUCAGGAAGAGUGCGUCUCUUGGCUCACUUUUUCAGCAAUUGAAAAACACUUUUACCAGAUGCAACAUGAAACCUGUGUGAGUUAUGCUCGUGAAGUUGUUGAAAGUUUGAAAGAUGAUAUUCUCAAAAGAAAGGUCCCAGGUUGUGUAUCAUCUGAUGCCUCAGAUCCUUUAAUCACCCAUGCAGAAGCUGCUAAGCUACUCAACUCACUCUUGAAGCUUCGUCAAGCUUGCUGCCACCCUCAAGUAGGAAGUUCCGGGAUUCGCUCCCUGCAACAAUCCCCCAUGACAAUGGAGGAAAUAUUGAUGGUUCUUGUAGGUAAGACCAGGAUAGAGGGGGAGGAAGCUCUGCGGAAGUUAGUUGUUGCUUUAAAUGCCCUUGCGGGGAUAGCAAUACUUGAGCAAAACUUUCCUCAAGCAGUAUCAUUGUACAAAGAAGCGCUGGCACUAUCUCAAGAUUACUCUGAAGAUUUCCGCCUAGAUCCGUUAUUGAAUAUUCACAUUCAUCACAACCUUGCUGAGAUACUUGCACUGGUUAUCGACCACUCAACAGAACUCCCCUCUAAUGGACAACAUUUGGAUGGAAGUUCUGCGAAGGCUUCCAAGAUGUACAGAACUGAAACAUGUGAUCUAAAUGCUGCAAAGAAACAAAAAGUCAGUAGUGAAGAUCAUUCAGACCUCACCAUUGAUGCUAGGAAUUCAUUGGACCUAUCAGAAAAUUGCUCAAUUGGUGAACAAAAAGGCAAUGAUAAUCAUGACAUAUCAUCCACAUCCUUCAGCACUCAAUAUUUGAGAACAGUAUGUGAGAACUUCAAACAGAAAUACUUGUCUGUAUUUAGUUCAAAACUUUCUGUGGCUCAGCAAGACUUUAACAAAUCGUACACGCAGGUUUGUAAUGCAUUUGGUGAAAGAAAAAAUCUGAAUACAGUUUGGUGGUUGGAUGCUCUCUGUCAUGCUGAGCAGAACAAGGAUUCCACAAUCGAGCUGAUAAGAAAGAUUGAAGAGGCUGUCUCAGGAAUUCUAAACUCGAGAUCGUCAAGAAUUGCAUCCCGUUUCCGAAGCAUUACUGCUCUGAAGUACCAUAUCCAGACUUGUUUAGAUCAAUUGGAAGCUUCUAGACAAACAUUACUUGAUCAGCUUUUGGAGAUUGAUCAGACAAUGGAGAAUCCAAAGGAAGAGGAUAUUGAACGUGUGAGACACUGUCGAAUUUGCCAAGCUAUUGACGAUGGUCCCACUUGUGUUCAUUGUGAAUUGGAGGAAUCAUUUCAGGGCUAUGAAGCUAGGCUAUUUCGUCUUAACAAAUUACAUGGAGACAUUAUUACAUCUGCUGAAGAGGCAGUGAAUCUGCAGAAAAGGAACUCAGAACGAAAUCGUUAUUACUGGAAUUUAGCCCAGCAAAAGAAAAAUUUACCUUCAUCUAGUGACUUAAAUGAAGAAUCAAAGAAAAGAAAGACUGGAGAAACUGUGGUGGUUUCAAAAUCGCCGUCAGAAUUGGAGGUUAUUCUUGGAGUUAUAAAGAGCUAUUGCAAGGCUCAGUCAGAGAAGGAAGGUGUGUCAUCUGCCAGCCUGCAGAUACACAUUCUGGAGGGAAUGAGGAAGGAGUAUGGCCAUGCAAGGUCCUUGGCAGUUGCUCAAGCUCAACUUCUUCGUGCUCAUGAUGAACUUAAGAUGGCAACAGCACGUUUGCGCUUAAGAGAAAACGAGAAUGAUACAUCUAUUGACGCUUUUGGCCCAGAUGAAUUAGAGUCUGCUAGCGUGCUACACUCAAAUGAAAAGUUCAUGUCCUUGACCUUGCUGUCUCGUAUCAAGGGGAAACUUCGUUAUCUGAAGGGUUUGGUACUAUCAAAACAGAAACCAACAUCUGAAAGUUCAAAUAAUUCCAUGUCAACUGAAGAAAUGGCUGCCAUCUCAAUGACAACAGAGAAAAUAAAUGAAGGCUUACCUAAAGAUGAUGAGGAAGCAUGUCCUAUCUGUCAAGAGAAGCUAAAGAAUCAAAAGAUGGUUUUCCCAUGCGGACACAUUACUUGCUGUAAAUGUUUUUUUGCAAUGACUGAGCAAAGAAUGCAUGAUAACAGGUUCCAACGUAAAUGGGUAAUGUGCCCAACAUGUCGACAGCAUACUGAUUUUGGUAAUAUUGCUUAUGCCGUUGAUAGACAGGAAAAGCCUUAUAGUUCUGCCAUGCUGGAUGCAAUUCAAGGCUGUGAAAAAAUUGAAGCAUCUUUGGCUGUUCAAGGUUCAUAUGGAACGAAGGUUGAAGCAGUCACUAGAAGAAUCUUGUGGAUAAAGUCUUCAGAUCCUGAAGCAAAGGUUCUAGUAUUCUCAAGUUGGAAUGAUGUCCUUGAUGUGUUAGAGCAUGCUUUCAGUGCUAAUGAUAUCACCUUUAUCCGGAUGAAAGGAGGAAGGAAAUCACAUGUUGCCAUCAGUGAAUUCAGAGCACAGAAUAGCAGUCCCAAAAGAACUCGUGGGGAAACAAAAUCUGUUCAAGUGUUAUUGCUCUUAAUCCAGCAUGGAGCAAAUGGACUCAAUCUAUUAGAAGCACAGCAUGUUGUUCUUGUGGAGCCACUGCUCAAUCCAGCAGCAGAGGCACAAGCUGUCAGCCGGGUGCACCGAAUUGGGCAGGAUAAAAGGACAUUAGUCCAUCGCUUUAUAGUUAAAGACACCGUGGAAGAGAGCAUAUAUAAACUGAACAGAAGUAGAAACACCAGUUCAUUCAUAAGUGGGAACACAAAGAAUCAGGAUCAGCCUGUUUUGACCCUUAAGGAUGUUGAGUCCCUAUUCACAACGGUGCCAUCCACUGUACCAGAAAGUGAUGGAAAUCCAACUGAAAGUCUAAGACAUCUGCCCCCUUCUGUGGCUGCCGCUCUAGCAGCUGAGAGGAGACUCAAGGAAAGUACAGCAUGA